AUGUGUGAAUUAUACGGGGUGACCCAACUACAUCAGACAACCUCGCUCAGGGAUCGUGACAACGUUCUACCAGUGGUCACGGAUUAUACCGGCCAUGAUCAGAACAACGUGGGGUCAAAGGGGACACAAAAUCCGCGGGGGAUCCUGGGCGCCACAUUGAUUGGAGAGGGCAACUUCACAUCUUGGCGCAUUCAGGGCAACGCAGGCGGCGAGAAGAACAUUGACGCCGUCCUUGGCCUGAUGAACGAGGGUGGACUGUAUGGCCCCAAAUCCGCGUCAAAGAGCAGCCCUUUAGACGGGGUGUCCGGAGCUGAGGGUUGUCUCUACCCGACCACGUUCAAAUUGAAGCUCGAUAAAGAUCUGGAUGUCCCCAUCGGGCUCCAGCUGGGUGCCCUCGAAGGCGCACAGACGGUAGUCCAGGUCUUCAUGAACGGAUAUCAGUUUGGCCAUUACCUCACCUCUUUCCCUUCCCGCCAGAACACGCUGGCGAUCAGCAUGUGGGCGUUGACUGAUGCAGGAGCGAAGCUGGACAAGGUGGAGCUGGUGGCGUAUGGAAAGUAUCGCAGUGGGCUCGACUUCAAUCAGGACUGGAGUUAUCUGCAGCCGGGCUGGAAAGACCGAAGCUAG